AUGGCAAAUUGCAAGCCUUCAGCUACUCCUGUUGACACCAAAGGCAAAUUGAGUACUCAGGAGGGUGCUUUGUAUGACGAUCCUACUUCUUAUCGGCGCCUCUAUGGUGCUUUGCAGUACUUGACAUUCACCCGACCAGAUAUCUCUUAUGCAGUUCAACAAGUUUGCUUAUUUAUGCACUCGCCCCGUGUUGAGCACAUGAAUGCGUUGAAAUGCAUUCUACGAUACAUUAAGGGUACGACAGAUUUUGGUUUACAACUGCAUAAAUCUCCUAUUUCUACCCUUGUGUCAUACACGGAUGCAGAUUGGGGCGGGUGUCCGGAUACUCGUCGUUCCACAUCGGGAGGGGUUGCCAAUGUGGUCUCAGAAUCCUGCUGGAUUCGCAAUUUGUUGCUCGAGCUAUUUCUUCCUAUUUCGAAAGCAACAUUGGUUUAUUGUGACAAUGUUAGUGCGAUUUAUCUCUCUAGUAAUCCGGUUCAGCAUCAGCGCACUAAACACAUUGAGAUGGACAUUCACUUUGUUCGUGAGAAAGUUCAAAGGGGCGAAGUACGUGUCCUACAUGUGCCUUCCCGAUACCAGAUUGCAGAUAUCUUCACCAAAGGUCUGCCUAAGGUUUUAUUUGAUGAUUUUCGGGACAGUCUAAGCGUUCAUGGUCCUCCCGCUUUGGCUGCGGGGGAGUGUUAG